AUGGACGUGUGUCUAAUUGCUUGCAACGUCAUGAGAGCAAUUAUAAUUGCAUCUCUUCUGGCCCUGGCCUUUGCCGCCACCCCAGCUUACGAGCAGAACUUCACCCCGAAAACUGAAUAUCACUACAAGUUUGAUGGACUUAUUCUAUCUGGACUACCAACCGCUUCUUCGGAUAUGGCCCAAACUCGGGUGUCAUGCCGUGCCCGCAUCCAGAUGGUCGAUGAUCUCUAUGUGCACCUUCAAUUAAUCAACAUUCGCUUUGCUGGAUCACAUCUUCCAGAAACCGAGCAGAUGCCAUCUCUUAACUCAUUGGAGCAGCGUGAGCUCUCCGCUGAACACAAGGAGAUUCUCGAGCUUCCAGUUCGAUCCAAGCUCAGAAACGGACUUGUUUCGGAACUCCACUUUGCCGAUGCUGAUGAAGAAUGGUCGAAGAACUUGAAAAGAGCUGUGCUCAACAUGAUCUCUUUCCACCAAGGACUUCCACAGGACGACUCCUACGAAAAUGAAGUCAAGCAAAACAGCGAGAAGUACUUUGUUAUCAACGAGAAGACUCUCGAAGGAGAUUGCUCAGUUGCCUACACCAUCGAUCAAGACAACAAGAAAACCGUCAUCACAAAGUCCAUCGACUUCAAUAAGUGCAUCAUGCGUCCUGAAUCAGUUUACGGCUACAGAUUCAUCUCAGAGUGCCCAGAAUGUUUGAAGAACUCCGAAAUUUUGAAGCCACAAACCGUGUACACUUACACUUUGGAGAAUGGACGUCUCGUUGAGACGUACGUUCACUCUGUCUACUCUUUGAACGUUAACGGAAAUGAAAUCAUGAAGACUGAAACUCGCUCUAAGCUCACCUAUGAGGAGGAACACAAGAUCAACAAUGAAAUCAAGAAGAUGAUUGGAGAGAAGGAAGAAAUCUUCUACUCGACGAAGUGGGAGGAAAUGCUCGAAAACUUCUACAAGAACGGAGACAAGAUCGAAAACAAGCCUUUUGAGAAGUUCCCAACCGACCGCAAAAUUCGUGCCAUCAGAAUGAUCACUGAGCAUAUGCAAGAGUAUGAGAACAAUAUGCCAGAGACUGCUCAUCAAAUGGCUCGACUCGUUCGUGUUCUCCGCACCACCAGCCUCGAAGAACUGUCCCAGGUCCACAACAUUAUUUACAAGAAGGCUGAUCAAAAGAUCAAGAACAUCAUUGAGCACGCCCUCUCUGUUGCGGGAACCAAGAACACCAUCCAUCACUUGAUUCACCACAUCGAGAAGGAGGAUAUCACUCCAAUCAAGGCCGUUCAAAUUCUGAAGUCCAUCCAGGAGACACCAUUCCCAUCCGAGCAGAUUGCUGAUCUUCUUGUCGAGCUCGCCAAGUCGCAAGUCGCCAGGAAAAAUGAGCUCAUACGUCAAUCCGCCUGGCUCGCCGCUGGAUCCGUUGUCCGUGGAGCCACAUCGAAGACUGCUGAUGUUCACUUCAUUCGUGAGGACACCCGUGAAAUCAAGGAGAAAUUCUUGACUGUCUUCCUCAAUCAAUACAAAAUUGCCGAUUCGACCUAUGACAAAAUCUUAGCUCUCAAGACUCUUGGAAACGCUGGAAUCGAUCUUUCCAUAAACGAGAUUGUGAAGAUCGCCCUCUCACGCCGUGUACCACUUGUUGUUCGCAGAGAAGCUCUUGAAUCUCUUCGUCUUCUCAAGGACAUCAUGCCACGCAAAAUCCAGAAGGUUCUUCUUCCAAUCUACAAGAACCGUCAAUUGGAGCCAGAACUCCGCAUGUCCGCUCUCUGGAGACUCAUGUCAACACAUCCUGAAGAGUCAGUCCUCGUUCAAGUUGCUUCGCAAAUGCAGAAGGAGUCCAACCAACAAGUCGCCACUUUUACCUACUACUUGCUUCGCCAGUUUGCCCAAUCGGUCAACCCAUGUCACAAGCGUCUUGCAGCUGAUUCUUCCCGCGUCCUCUCAUUCGUUCGCUACCAGCCUUCAGAAGACAUUCUCUCGAUCUAUUCCCAACUCCCCCUUUUCCAUGAACAACUUCUUUCGGGAGCUCAAUUUGACUUUACCGCCAUUUUCGGAAAGAACUCGUUCUUGCCAAAGGAACUCCACACUACCCUCGAGUCGGUCUUCGGAGGAAACUGGAACAAGUACUUCGCUCAAAUCGGAUUCUCUCAGGAGUAUUUCGAUCAAGUUGUCGUGAAGAUCAUCGACAAAUUGGAGAAAUACAACAUCAAGGAAAGUACCAUCGUCCGCGGACGCCGUGUCCAAACCGGAAUCAAAAUGCUCAAGGAUCUUGCUAAGAAGUUGAACAUCCGCGCUCGCCUUGACUCGCGCCAAGAGAAGAACGGUUACGCAAUGGCUUACCUUCGCUACAAGGAUAUGGAUUACGUUGUUCUCCCAGUUGACAACGAAAUGUUUGAUAAACUUAUCAGCAAGUACCUUGAUGAUGGAAGACUCGACGUCCAAGAAAUCAGACGCAUUCUCAACAAGGAAUCGGAAUUCGAAGCUCAUCAUGCCGCAUUCUUCUACGAGACCAUUCGCCGUAUUCCAUCUACCAUUGGAUUCCCAAUCUAUUUCACUGGAAAGAUCCCAACCGUCACCUCAAUUGAAGGAAAGUUCUCUGUCGAACUUCGUGAACGUGAGGCUCUGUUCACAAUUGAAGUCCGUCCAUCGAUUUCUGCCACCAACAUUUAUCAAAUGAACGUCCUCGUGCCAGUCUUUGAGAACGGAGUCAAGACUCUCCAGUCUCUUCGUGCCUUCACCCCAAUCAAGUUGGAAACCACUGUUUCUCUAAAGAACAAGCUUGAAAUUGACUACAAGGUUAUCGUCCCAGAAAACCAGAAGUCCGUGAUCGCAAUAACCAACAGACCAGUUGUCUUCCUUCGCUUCCCAGCAUUCUCGAUUAUUGAAAAUGUUGAGACCGAAGAGAGAACCGUUCCUGUUCCACAAUGGCGUCAGAAGACCCAAGAGCUCGAGAAGACCUACAACUUCUAUGGAUUGGAAUUCACUACCCGCGGAAAUAUCUUGAGACAAUGGAACCUUGAAAACUUCCUUUUGGUCGAACAAGACUUUGAAUUCAUCAUCGAGAACAAGAAACGUCCAGUUGAAUUCUCCGCCCGUCUUGCCAUUGAGAUGCCACAACAAGCUGAUCUUUCCGAGAUCAAGUUUGACAACGUUUUCGACAAUGAAUUAGAGCUCGAGGACAGCGAAACUGAGAAGAGACGCGACUAUUUCGAUCAGAUGAUCCGCAAGAUCAAAAACGAGAACGGAUACAAGCAGCGCAUUUCACUCAAUCUUCAAGCUCCACGCGACUUGUAUUGGAACACAGCAGUGGUCACUGUCUGCGACAAAUAUGUCCGUGUCUGCAAGUUCCAACUCGACACUCAACGCUCUCCAGUUUUCGACGAGUCGAAGGAAUGGACUUUGAACAGUGUUCUCCUUGCUGCCCGCCCAGAAAUGCCAUCAUCCCUUCGCCAGCUCCGGGAGCAACCACAUCGUGAAGUUCAGUUCCUUCUCAAGACCAAGUGGGGAUCCAACUUGAAAAACGAAGUUACCGUCAAGGCUCAACUUCAACAAUCCAAGGAACAGAAGAACUAUCUUCGUAAUGCUGAAAGACAAUAUAACGGAAUCCCAGAAUAUGAACUUCUCAUCAAGGCUGCCCGUCUCAACCAGGUCAAAGCUGUUGCCGAAUACAAACUCUCAAGAGAUGCCGAGAGAACCUUUACCCGUCUUUUUGACAUUCUCAAGGCCUACAACUUCUGGACUGUCUCUGAAUUGCCAAAAGAGAACGAGGACAACCGCAUUUUUGUUCAACUCACUGUUGAGCCAUACACUCGCCAAUACGUCAACUUGACCGUUCAAUCGCCCGAGCAGACCGUUGAAUUAAGAAACAUGCGUGUUCCACGGCUUUCUCUUCCAUCCAUCGCUCAGCACUCUCUUCGCUAUCAACUUAACAAGAAGAUUUCCAGCACCUGCAAAGUUCAAGAAAAGGAAGUCAUGACUUUUGACAGAUUGACCUACCGUGCUCCACUCACCACUUGCUACUCAGUUAUUGCCAAGGACUGCUCUGAGGAACCAAGAUUUGCUGUUUUGGCCAAGAAGUUGAACAAAAAUACUAAGAAAUUGGCCCUCCAGAUAAUCCGUAACGAGCAAGAAAUUCUUCUUGAAUUGCGCAAUGAGGAAAUGCUUGUCAAAAUUGACAACAUGAAAAUCCCAACUACCGAGCUCGAGCAAUUCGACAUCGAAGUUCAUGGGAACAAACUUGUCGUUGUGCAACUCCCCGAAGGAGAGGUUCACUUUGACGGAUUCACUGUCAAGACCCACUUGCCGGCUGUCUCUCGCAAAAACUUGAUCUGCGGACUUUGCGGAAACAAUGAUGACGAGACCACCAAUGAAUUCCGUACUGCUGAAGACAUUGAAACUGAAGACAUCGAGGAAUUCCAUCGUUCGUAUCUUCUCAAGAACGACCAAUGCGAAAUUGAAGAGGAUCGUCUUUCGGAGAAGAAGAACUACAAAAAAUACGAGGAUAGCGAGGACGAAUCAUAUGAUGAUGAAGAUUACGAGAACUACAGAAGCGACAGACGUCAUGAUCUUCAGAAGUCUGCCCUACGCGAGAAGACUUAUGUGAAGGAGUUCUCACACCGUGUGUGCUUCUCCCUUGAACCAGUUGUUGAGUGUGAUCGUCAAUACGAAGCUAAGCAAACCCUCGUCAAGAAGAUUCGCUUCACUUGUAUGCCACGUCACGAAAUCGAAACCCGCCGCUACAUGAAGGAAGCUCGCACACAGAUCCUCAGUUUGGAUGACUUCCCAGUCUCUUACAUUGAGGCUAUUGAAAUGCCAACCGCAUGUGUUGCUUAUUGA